GAGAAAGAGAGAGAAAGAGAAAAUGGAAAUGGGGGAGGAGCAUCGAGUGAGAAUGGACAUGGAGGAGCUCCGCCGCCUCACGAGCAUGGCGAAGAGGCCCCGCGUCCUCUCCCUCCUCUCCCACUCCCUCCGCAGGCUCGGCGCCGAGUUGUCGAGGGCCACCGCGGCGGCGGGAAUGCGGGCUGCUACGCGUGCUGCGGCACCUGCGUUGGAUUAUAGAAAUUUCAUCACCUUAGGAUCUUUCAGCUGGGAUCAGGAUGACAAAGAGAUUAGGAUAUACCUAUUCCUCGAAGGUGCAGAGCAACCAAAGGUGGAGACGAGAUUUAGCGCCUUGUCUGUUGAUAUUAAGUUCUAUUACAUGAAAGGGAGUAACUACGAAUUCAUCGUACCGAUACUAAACAAGGAAAUAGUGCCUGACAAAUGCAAUAUAGUGGUUACGCAUCCAAAAGUUGUCAUUACACUGUCCAAAGCUUUGAAGCAGAACUGGUCAGAUCUGCACUUCAAGGAAGAUGAGGAAACUACUCUACAGUCGACAAAUAUGAGGUGUAAAUGAAUGGCUACUUCCUGUACAAUCCUGAUGUUGCGACUUGGUUCCUGUACAUUUUAUUUAACACUCUAGUCUGUGAUCAUUCAUGUAUUGCACUUUCUUUGCUGAUUAAAAAAAAAAAGAAAGAAAGAAAACAGUCUCCAUUUAUGAUAUGAUUCUUUAACCUUGUUCGAGGCAAACAAGAUUAGGUAAUCUUUUUACAAGGGAGGGAGAAAAAUAGUCAUUUCUACAAUAAAGUUAGAUUUUCUUUGCGAAGUGUAAAAUAUGCAGAAGUUUAGUGACUCAGCUGUUUAAAUGCCUCGUUUGGUGUUGUUACCAUUGUUUUUUUUUCUUUUAAUUGAAUUUUUGCAUGAAGUAGUGCUAAAAUGGGUAGAUUGCUGGCAAGCCUUACAUGUAUUUGUUCGGCAACACACACCAAAAAAAAAAAAAAAAAAAAA